UCUCAAGUGCCUUUUUGCAGCCAGGUGGGGGUGCUGUUCUCCCAGUGGCAGCUUUUUUCCAUCAGUGCCUUUAGUUUAUUGAACGGUAAAACUGAAGCCAUAGCCAUACUAAACACGGUCUGUUGUGCUGUGUGAUGGGAGCAGAUGGUAAAAUCGGCGCAGUAUGAUAAUUUUCUUCAAAAAACGAUAAUUUUAAACUUCUGUUAAGAUCAGUUUUCAAUUCCCAUCUGGCAACACUCGACACCACUGCCCUAGCCAAUAUGGCGGCCGAGAUAUACUUCCAGGUCGCUGUCAGAGCGUCGAGGAGUGACGGUCGUAGAAGGGUUGCAAAUAAACAUGGGAAUGUAAACAUCUGAAGAUGGCUACAGCUGACGUGAAGCCCCUUCAGAAUGCCAUGAAAAUGGCGAAAAUAGCAAUACAUCUGGACGGAGGAAACAGACAUAAGGACGCUUACUGUGAAUACCUUCGGACAAUCAGCUACAUAUCACAAACCCUUUUGGAGGAUGCUGUGUCACAAACCUCAGAAGAGAAGGAAAUGGUUGGGAUGGAGGUGGAGCGCAUGUUGACACUGGCUGAGCAGUGUCUGGAGAGAGCCAGGUCCUUUGUAAAGAAGACUGCUGACCCCCCUGCUUCCUCUUCUCUCAGCUGUCAUCAGACUGUCGGCCUUCCAAUUGUUAUAAAUGCAGCUCCUGUUGGCACUGAGCAGGAAGCAGCCAGUCCUGCAAAUACUUGUCAGCGCCAGGUUGACGAUCGGUUGCGCCCCCCUUUCCUGCCUCCUGAUGUCUUCCAAAGACUCCAAACAGUGGUGUUGCAGGAUACAAGCAAAAAGGAGCUGACACCCAUUGAAGAAGCUUCACAUUUGAAUCAGAAACUAAAAGCCAAUUAUGAGGCUCGCCUGGCAAGACUCACACCUGGUCAGGCCUAUCAGAAGACAUCUUUAACGCUGUCUCUCCAGCGGCAGAUGAUGGAGAACCUCAUCAUAGCCAAAGCAAGACAAGAGGCACUCCAGCGGAAGAUGGAGGAAAGAAGGUUACGGUUGCAGGAAGAAGCCAACAGGAGAUUUGCAGCAUCCGGAGCAAUGACGCCAGAGGAGCAGGAGCAGCGCAUUCUUUACACCAAUGUUUUGGAGUACGAGCAAGACCAUGACUGGCCCAAACUAUGGAAAGCCAACUUGAAGAAGAAUCCUGAUGAUGUAACUCUCGUGUCUGGCUUGAUUUCCUAUCUCCUCAGCAGUUCUGAUCAUCCAGUGGUGAAGCUGCUGAAGAAACACCAAUAUUGCAUUUACAACAAGCUUUACCCCAUUGUCAGUAAAGGACUAGCAACAAGCCAUGUAAUACCAGGGAGACCAUCUAACAGCAGUCACAACCCUACACAUCCAGAUGACGACAGGCAAGAGAAGGGGCCUGACCCACACAUCACAGUAGAGCGUGAGAACUCCUUUGAAGACUUAGAGCAGUUCCUGAACAAGAUAGACUGGGAUCCGCUAAACAGCAGCACUAAAGACUCUUGCUUCCAAUCAGAGCUAGGCACUGAUCACCCCACUGGUUCGGGGCUGGAUGAGGAGCACUUUUCAGAGCUGGAGAUGAGAGCACUAAAACAACACCUGAAGGCCAUUGUCAAAGACAUACAUAUAGCCAUUGAGCAGCUUCUAUCACUGUGUUUGCUGUCCUUCGAAUGUCUUAACACAGCCAGCUAUAAGGACUUGUGCCUCGCUAGCAUUGAGGAGACCUUCUUCAUUCCCCUAUGGAGCGCCUUAGUAGCUCUUUUCAGGAAGGUCCACAGAGAAAGGGAACUCUCCUGUGAAAUCCGAAUGAAACUCUUUCAGGAUGUUUCACCUGUCGAUUUUGGUGUACCCUUGACACUGUUCCCCCUGGACCCUCACACACUGAAAGGUUCUUACCCUUAUGAGUGUGCUGUUCAGGAGCUCAAGCUUCUCACAAAAGACUGCUGCCCACAAAGAAAGUUGGAAUGUAUUGUGAGGACAUUACGCCUGAUCUGCGCAUGUGCUGAAGACUACAGAUGCUUCCAUGAAGUGGAUUCUGCACCCAAAACAGCUGCCAUUGGUGCCGAUGACCUUUUACCUAUCCUGGCCUUUGUGGUUUUACGCUGUCAGUGUCCUCAACUGGUCUCGGAAUGUGCUGCCUUGGAGGAGUUCAUUCAAGAAGGCUAUUUAAUUGGAGAGGAAGGCUACUGCCUCACCUCGAUGCAGAGCGCCUUGGCCUACAUUGAGUCGCUGCAUGUAGAUGGACUUUACCCUCCUGCAGACCAGUUCAUUUGAAACAGGUAUCUCUCAACAUCUAUUUAUGAUUAUCCAUCCGGUUGGCAUGGUGGAAUAAAGACAUGGUAAAGACAAUGCAAAGGCUCCUCCCGCAAGCUGAUGGGUGAUAACCAGCGAGCCUCGCCUUUGGCGUCAGGAGAUGGAGAGUUUGAAUCUUUGUUGGGGUGUCUGUGUGGAAUUUGCAUGUUCUCCUUGUGCUUGUGGGGCUUUAUCAUUCCAAUAUUUCCAUGAAAUAACCCUUUUAAAAAUCAGCAGUAAUAUUACAAAAAAAAAGUCCAAAUAUUCGGAGAAAAAAGUUGUAAUCUUAUGAGAAAAGGUCAUCAUUUUAUGAGAAUAGCGUCGUAAUAUAAUGAGGAAAAAUAAUGUAAUUUAAGUAGCCUAAUGUUGAAACAUUAAAGGGAAAAUACAUUAUUGUUUUUAAAAAGGUUGUAAUAUUAUGAGAAGCAAACAAAACAACAAACAAAGUUGGAAUUUGUGGAAAAUUAGGUUUGCAGAAAAAGAGAAUAAAGUCAAUAUAUUAUGGGAAUAAAGUCAUAAUUAAAGAAGAAAAUUUACAACAAGAAAGUUGAAAUGGAAAAAAACAGCUGUAAUUUUACGAGAAUAUAGUCAAAAUAUAAAGAGAAAGAAAUCAUAUUCGAACAAGACAAUCACUAUUUUAGGAGACUCAAUUUGUAAUAUGAGGAUUAGAUUAUGGACACUGCUGGUGUAGGAUGUAGCCAACCAUUACUGCUAAAUGUAUUUGUUGGAAGUGUAUUUCCAGUACAGUCAACAAUAAUAAAAAUGAAAUAUUGCAUUGGCAGGUGUUUUGGAGCUUUUGCUGCUGCACUACGACAACACACAAACAAAUUGCAGACUCCAAUACAACAAAUGAUUGACCGGAUCAGGCAAGUCAUAUCCAAGCAGAUAAAUCCCCUGCAUUGAGGCAAACAGUGCUGGAGCGUGUGUGGAAAUACACACGGCACUCGCUUGGUGGAAGGAAAUGGGCUGACAGUACCGAGCGUGUGAGUCUUUAUCACUUAUUUACACUGAUUGUUAGUUUAUGCACUCAAAAUAGAAGUUGAGAUAAGAUCCGUUUGCCAGUCAAACACUCAGAAGGUGCAGUAAUAAACACAGUAGCAGCUCCGCCCCUGUUUUCUACUUCUUAUGGCUAAAAAGUGCCAAUGGGUCACCUGCUUUUGUGGCGACAAAGGCUCUGUUUCUAUGAAAAAUGGCUUUAUGUUUAUGUCCACGUGUGUUGUUGUAUUGUUCACUUCAGUGUGAAAUCACAACAGCAACUCAACUACUGUCUAGUUAUACAGCAUUAAAACAUGCACACACUCACUUCCUGUUCAAUGCAAAAUAAAAGCAUGGCUUCAUUCUGCCACAAAAUGCACCCAUCUCAUUUUUAGAUUGUUAACUGGCGGAAGAAAGAUUUGUGCAUAUCUACAAAAUCUUUGGCAUUGUAGUCAAGACAUACUGUACAAGGAAAUUCCUGCAGAAGCUCUGUUACUUAAGAGCAUGAAAUAUCGCAAUAUCAGAUGCAAACACAAGAAUCUAAAUACAAAUUUGCACAAAUGGAGGAAAAGCAUGUUAACGAAGAAACAUGCUUCAUCAUCAGACUUUCUCCUUUUGUCUCUGGACAACGUCACGCAUAAAUAUCCAGGCAACAGGCUACUUUUGCUUAUAUCAUCCAUGUAAGCUAUGGCAGGGGUGUCCAAAAUUUUCCUGCAGCAAAAAAAAUCAAAGAAUGUAACUUUGCCACUUGGAAAAUUGUAAAGCAACACAUGGUGAAAAAGCUUAUUAUUACUAUCAACUUUUUUCCCCCAUUUUUGCUGAGGUUGUUUUUUGAACAUCCUUCUGAAAUAAUCGCCGUAAAUUUCCUUCUCGCAAUAGUAUGACUUUUUCCUCCAACCUAAUAUUCCAAAAAACUUUAUUUUGUCUUGGGGUUUUUUUGUUUUUGCUGGGGGUUUAUUUCUUGUUAAAAUAUAUUUUUAGAAUGCGCCGCGGGCCAAAAAAAAAGGCUACAAAUGGCUCCCACUCUCACUUUGGACACCGCCAGCUUAUGUCGACGCGAGUCAGCCAGUCUGAGGGGCGUUGCCUAAACGGGUUGCACCACAUUGCCAACUCGCAAAGAUGAGAUGAUAUUGGAGCACGAUGUGGUAUUACGUGGAUGUUACUGUUCUUAUGUGGACGUUACUGUUUAUUCUGUGCCUGUUACUGUUGAGUCUGCAGCUGCUAUUGGAUUGAAAACGCGUGUUGUUCUUGCAUUUUUACUGCAAAUGAUGAUGUCAGACGUUUUCUUCUUUUUUUUUAAUCAACUAAUUUCAAAUUCAAUUUUUUUCUUUGUUUCAUUUCAAGUCCAUCAACAACAAGGCUGGACAGAAAUUAUAUUUUGCUCAUUUUUAUUGUCUAUAUUAUGAUAUUAUUAUGAAAGAAGCAUUGCAUGGGAAAGAAAAAGUGUGCAAAAAGUUUGCUGUUCAAAGAAUGUUUUAUUUCUUUGUUGCAGAAAUGCCACGUGUAUUUAAUAUAAGGAGGCAUGAGUAGAUGUUUUAUUCCCAAUGUAAAUUAUUGUAUAUGGGCUGAAAGAUGUCCUUUUUUCGUAGACCAAACACAAGUUGACAGUAUUUAAGGUAAAAAAAAAAAAAAUAUUGAAAAUGUCUUUUUGAAUGCAACUGAUGCUUACAAAUGUCUACAAGAUUCUACAAGUAUCAUAUUAAAAAUGGAGGCCAGCCCUGCUUUUUGCACAUUAUUUAUUGUAUAUGAAUUGUAUAACGCUGCUUGUUCAUUAUUAAACAAUUGUGUAAUGAAGGCUUGCGAAUAAUAGAAUAAGAAAUAGAAUAAAUGUAUUUGGCUCAGUGAAGACGACAUUUUUC